AUGGCAUGGUCGUUUCUGGAGAGGGUGAUGAUCAAAUUGGGUUUUGGGAUGAAUUGGAUUCGUCGGGUUAUGAACUAUAUCUCUAGUGUCUCUUUCUCUUUUAAGGUGAAUGGUGAAGUUUCAGGCUCAGUUAUUUAUCUCUUCUAUGUGCUGAUGCUUUUUCUUCCUUAUUGUCCAAAGCUGCUUUUGAGAAGAAGAUUAGUGGGGCAAGAAUUUGCCAUUCGGCUCCUAGAGCGUCUCAUCUAUUUUUUGCGGAUGAUAGUACUCUUUGCUAAAGCUACUCAGCAGGAAUGUUCGAAAAUUGCUGAAAUUAUCAGUGUUUAUGAGAGAGCAUCCGGUCAGAAAGUCAAUCUUGGUAAGACAAAGGUUGCUUUUAGCAAAUGUGUUCCUAUUGACAGGAGAAAUGCGAUUGUGGAAACUCUAGGGAUUCGGGAAGUGGAAAAACAUGAGAAAUAUUUCGGGCUCCCGACGAUUAUUGGUAAGUCGAAAAAGACUAUUUUUGCAGUAUUGAAAGAGAGGAUUUGGAAGAAAUUGAAUGGUUGGAAGGAGUGGUUUAUGUCAAGGCCGGGAAAGGAGAUCCUAAUUAAAGCAGUGGCUCAGGCCAUCCCGACGUAUAUGAUGAGCAUCUUUAAAAUUCCAGAGAGUCUUAUUGAUGAAAUCCAUUCUUUGUUGUGCCGUUUCUGGUGGGGAUUGAGGGAAAAACUUUGUACUCCGAAAUCGAAGGGUGGUAUGGGAUUUUGA